GUGUGUGGGUGUGGGAUGGUGCAAAGGGAAGAAAGGAAAAAGGGACGAAACGAGUGAAGAGCGAUAUAACAACUUGAAAAAGGUGGCAAAUUGGUUGAUUCUUCCUCUUUUUUUGCAUAAACAUCGCUUUGUUGUAAUGCCUUCUCAAAAGUCUUUCAUCACCAAGGUCAAGCUCGGCAAGGCUAAGAAGCAAAACCGCCCUUUGCCUCACUGGUUCCGUCUCAAGUCUGACACCAAGAUUCGUUGGAACUCCAAGAGACGUAACUGGCGUCACACCAAGUUGAACAUUUAAGCAGAUGGUUAUAUUGUGUUCGUAUUAACGUGGUCAUGUUGUUGCAUGAGCAACAUGGAUUAACUGUAAAAAAGCACACGCCCAAUUUGAUUAUUGAUCAACGCAAACGAAUCAAAAAUUAAAAAAUGAAAAGUAUAUUUUCUAUAUACACACAAAAUCACAACAUGACAAAGCUUGCACUCUCUAUUGUUUGUCUUUUUUCACGACCUUUUUCUACGGCGGAUGAGGAUAUGGACAGUGAUUGAGUAUCGGGUAUUGAUGGAAUGAACAAAGCCCGUUUCAAUGUAUGGAAAAAAGAGUACAUUUAGAGUGGCGAGACUAUCAAGAAUAGAUUUUGUAGCCAGACUUUGAUGAGAGAAGGGAGACACACACACACACACACACACAUGCAUACAUUAAAACAACUUGCUGCUGGAGGGAGAGUGAAAGAGCGAGAAAGGGAGAGCAACAACAACAACAACAACAACAACA